AUGUGGCUCAUUCCACCAUUUGUCUUCACUUGCAUAUUAAUCUUCACUUUGUUGGGCAAUGGUGGUCAAGCUUUUAGUGGUUGUAGUGCUAAUGUUGCAUAUACCAUCACUGUUAUAAAAUAUGCUGGCCAUGGUAAUUUUUCUACAAUUCAGGCUGCCAUCAAUUCCAUUCCCUCGAAGAAUGAUCGAUGGGUUCGCAUCCUCGUUAGUCCCGGAUUUUAUAGAGAGAAGGUUACGAUCCCAAUAGACAAGCCCUGCAUAAUUCUUCAAGGAAAGAGUCCUAAGAGCACUAUGAUUUCAUGGAAUGCCCAUACAAUUACGGAUAAGAGUGCUACUUUCACCAUAUUUGCUGACAAUUUUGUGGCAAAAAAUAUUGCAUUCAAGAAUGCAUAUAAAUACCAGAGACCAGUCAAUGGAAGUUCUAAUUUGCAGUCAGUUACAGUAGAAGUAGUUGGUGACAAAUCAUCUUUUCAUGGAUGUAGCUUCUUUGGAUUUCAAGAUACAUUGUGGGAUGCAAAAGGUCGCCAUUACUUUAAAAAUUGUCUUAUUGAAGGUACUGUGGAUUUUAUUUGGGGGAGUGGCCAGUCCAUAUAUGAGGGAUGUCAAAUAUCGGUUCUUCCUUGCUUUGGAGGCCAGAUACCAGGAUUUAUUACAGCUCAAGGCCGAAACUCGGCAAAUGACAACAGUGGAUUUGUAUUUAAAGGUGGUAGAGUGUUUGGAAAUGGUAACACACAUACCUAUCUUGGUAGAGCUUAUGGAGCUUAUUCUAGAGUAAUUUGGUAUGGAACUGAAUUCUCUAAUAUUAUAGUUCCUGAAGGAUGGCAAGCUUGGAGCCAUGUCCACCAAGAGUAA